AUGUCACAUGAAUUUCUACGUUCAUCGCCUGCUAGAGAUGAUUCAUUUGACUCUAAACCGAAUAGAACUUCUUCUAUUGUAAAGACACCGGCAACAAAUAAAGUAACAUCCACACCAUUCAAAAAAUCGUUGAUGCAAUCAGCAAAAAAAGCUCAUGCAUUACAUUCACAACAACAGCAACAAGCCCCUUCGUUGUCGAUACCUCCAUCGGCAUCGAAAUUAACGAAUCAAUUAACAAAUUUAACUGGUUGGACACCACUAAUUUCAAAGACUUAUUCAAAUGAACAAAUCAUAUCAUUCAACUCUACGCCAAACAAGCUAUUUAUAUCAUCAUCACUACUGCAAGCACAAAUACAACCACAACUACUACACCCACAACAACCAACGCAACUGCAACUGCAGGCACCGCAAAGUGCCAAUACAUCAACAAACUUUGUUCCAACUUACAACAUUAAUGACUAUGAGUAUCAAAAUUUUGGUUUGACACCAUUUAUUAACCACAAUUUCAAUUUCAAUUUAAUGAGUAGUGGUGGUGGCGUUAAUACCAUAAACCCAAUGAAUAAUAUAACACCAUUCAAUGAGAAGAUCUUCCAACAGAAUUGUGAUUUCUUUAUCGAUUCUCCACUACGAACGACCAAAGACAAUGUUGAUGGUUGCAACACGAGUUUAAAUUUUGAAAAUUUCAGUAUAACACCUUCCAAAUUCAGCUUGAAUACAGUUGCCAGUAAUAGAAAGAUUUUGCAAGAUCCACUAAAGAGUGCCACAAAGAGAAAUAUCAAUAUGGUCGAUACCCCACCAAGAGUUCCUCACAAAUUGAGUAUCAUAACCAGAGCUGAAAACGCAGGCGAUGCUAAGGAAGUGAUUAGGAAACAAGUUUGCCAGCCGGAUGACGACAAAGACACUGAAGAUGAACAGGAUAAUGAAGAAGAGGAAGAUGAUGUCAAGCCUGAAAUGAAGUCUCCAACAGUUGUUAGUCGAAUCAAAAAACAAUCUAAUCAAGAAGAUAAAAAUAUUCAAGGUGAGGCAAAGGAUCUUGAAACACCUCAAACACCAUGCAAAAAGGAAUCUAAAGAUAUGCUGAUUGAAUCUGAACAAGAUUUCAACACUCCAGCUAAUAAACAGACUAGACCCGAAUCGCCUUCAACAAUACUUGUGACGUCGACCGAAAGGCUUUCAAAUUUGAGCCUCGAUGAUGCUUUUGACUCUAAAAAGCUUACCAAGCACAAUGAAGAAGAGGAAGAAGAGGAAGAUGAGGAGGAAGAUUUGGGAGAAGAUAAAGAUGAAGAUGAUAAGGAAAAUCAACCACCACCAAGCCCGACACCAGCAAAAGUGUCAAAUCAACCGAAAAUGGGAAUAUUUACUGAAGUCAAAUCUAAAAAAGUUGUGACUAAGGGACACAGCCGUAGUAGAUCUUCCUUUCACCCCACUACAACAACCACUUCCUUCAAAUCAGGAUAUACCUUGACAACGACUUCUUCGGGAGAUUUGGCAAGCACGGCCAAGAGCAAAGACCCUAAAAAAGUCAAGGCUGAGAAUAGGGCAAGAAUGCAAGCAGGAAUGAAUAAAUUUCAAAUCGUUUUAACUGAUGUGAAUUCAAUAUCGGGGAGAAAGAAAAAGUUACACAACAACAACAACAACAACAACAACAACCACAACAAUGGCAAGAAGGAUGAAAAAAGUAAACCACAAAUCAAAGUAGAGCAAACUCAGCCAACUUUGAUACCACUACAACCACCCUCGUUGCAUCCUCAGCUGUCGACAUUAAUGGAGAAUCACAAUGUAACAAUGUCUUCGACAAAGGAGAAUAAUCACAACAAUAGUAGUAUCUUGUCACACAAUAGCAUGAAUUCAAGUCACCUCAACUUAACCACCGAUCAUUCAUCAUUUGAAAUUGGCGGUCAUGGCAGUGGUGGGUUUUCAUCUACACCGAAUUCGAAAAUGUUGCUAGACAAGAUUUUUGAAAAGCCUUCACCCAAUCAUUCAGGGUUGUUUUAUCCUCCUCAGCAACAUGGACCGCAACCACCACCACAACAUCAGCCAUCACAUAUUCUGCAACAACUGGGGACACAUGUAAAGUAUCCACAGUCAAUUCCUAUGCCACCGCCACCACCGCCACACCAACCUCCUGGUCAAUUUGAGACCAGUGGUGUGGACUCAACUGGAAAAAUGCCACCACCAGUUUCACAGCAUCCACCACCAACAUCCAGCCAGAGAGGAGCCAUGGGAGCUGCGGGAGCUGCGGGCGCAAUAGGAGCCACGGGUGGCCCAUUCGUCCAGUACCCGGUAAUGACAAUGAUGUCAACACCACAACACUCGCAUAUUUACAACGUAGGUGAUUUGGUGCCAAACAAUGGACCACAACAGCCAACAAAUUCACAAGCACCAAUGUCAGUUUCAUCAGCGUCAUCCGCGACAAAUGUCAUGCAGAUCCCCUCGCCGUGGAACAUUACAUUUGGAACGCCGCUGGGAUUUUCUACAUUUUUUGCGAAUUUGCCAGCGGGCCAGUCUGCAAGUACAACCAACAUGGGCAAUGAUAUGGGAGUAGGUGCUACUAAUAGGUCGUCUUCUAGUGCAAGUAAUACCGCUGCCGCUUUAGCCGCUGUUGCUGCAGGAACAUCUACAGUUGGAGGAUCGGGUGGGGUAAAAGACAAUUACAGCUAA